AUGCAAGUGAAGCGCAAGAAUUCCACACAAGUCGUGGCAACAGCGGAUCUCGUCGAUGGACUUUACUGGCUGCGGACUCCUCAACGAUCGGCAAAUGCAGCAACACGCAAUGGGACUAUCGACUUGCAUGCGCGCAUGGGUCAUGCACCCCUCGAAGUUCUGCGCAAGAUGGUGACCACCGGCAUGAUCAAGGACGCCAAGGCACCUCUCAACUCGACUGGUCCAAGUGUGUGUCGCGGUUGCCAGCAAGAAAAGAUGGUCCAAAAACCAUUCCCAACCAACCGUGACAAACGCCAAUAUGGUGUGUUUGAAUUGCUACAAUUCGACAUCUGCGGGCCAAUGGAACAAGUAUCGAUCGGCGGCAGCAGAUACUUACUGCUUGUGGUUGACGAAGCCAGCGGUUGCAUGAAGGGCUUCUGUCUGCGGUCCAAGUCUGAGAGUGAAGACUGUAUCAAGAACCAAAUUAUCAAGAUUCAAACUCAGUUCGGCACGAAGAUCAAGUUUGUUCGGCACGAUGGAGCGCAUGAGUUUGCGACCAACUCCAUCAAGACCUUCUACGAAGAUCAUGGUAUCGAACAACAGGUCACGGUGCCGUAUGCACACCAGACCAACGGCACCGCAGAACGCGCGAUAAGGACCAUCGUCACGAUCGGACGCAGCUUGUUGCAUCGUGCAAAGCUGGAGAAGUGUUUCUGGGCUGAAGCGGCAAUGACGGCGAUCUACAUCAAGAACCGCCUGCCUUCACCCAAGAUUGACCACAAGACUCAGUUCGAGAUCGUGUACAAGUCGAAACCAAGUGUCAAGCACAUGCGCGUGUUUAAAUGUUGGGCGUUUAUCCUGACACCAAGGGAGAAGCGAUUGAAGUGGGACCCGAAGGCUCGUGAAGGGAUGUUCAUGGGCUACGAAGAAACGUCAAAAGCCUAUCGAGUGUACGACAUUGAGGCGGGCCAAGUGGUGAUCAGUCGUGACAUCACCUUCGACGAAUCGACUUUUUACUUUUCGAUGGACCGACCAAGUGACGAUGAUGAAGAUGCGGAGUUGGACCUCGACCUCCUGGCGAUCAACGAGGACGACGUGCGUCAAACCGUCUACAAGCAGACUGGCAAGCGCAAGAGUGAAGCAAGACCCGGCAUGUCACGUUCAGCUCGCCCUCGAACUGGGUUGGAACAAGCAAGUGCGCCGGAACACGUCUCCAACCGUCACCAGAAACGACGAUCAAGUGCUCCAGAAACGAUGUCUGAUGACGAAAAAGAUGCGAGCGUCUACGAUCAAGAUGACGACUCGACGCCCCCAACAUUUUGGCGUGCAAGUGCAAACGCAGUGGAAGCAACGGACCUAGCAGAACCCGUGACUUUUCAAUACGCGAUCAAUGGUCCUGAUCAAUCUCACUGGCGAAAUGCUGUGAAGGCGGAACUCAAGUCGAUGCAUCUUCGUGGAGUUUUCCGUGCGGCAAAACUGCCAAGAGGCCAAGGCGCGAUCGGCACCAAGUGGGUGUUCAAGAUCAAGCGCAAAGCGGAUGGAUCGGUAAAGAAAUACAAGGCGCGUCUCGUUGCCAAGGGCUUCAAGCAGAAGUACGGUAUCGACUACACAGAGACGUUCUCGCCCGUGGUCAAGUACGUGACACUGCGUAUGGUGAUCGCGAUCACCAAGUAUUUCGACUGGCCACUGGACCAACUCGAUGUGGUUACAGCCUUUCUCUACGGAGUGAUGGAGGAGAAGGUGUACUGCGUGAUACCAGAAGGCGUCGAGAUGGAUGGCGACUUCGACUGUCUUGAGUUGGUGAAGGCGAUCUACGGUCUCAAGCAAGCUUCACGUGUGUGGAACGAGACUUUCGACGAGUUCGUAUACUUUAUCGGUUUCGAAGUGUCGGCGUUCGACCCAUGUCUCUACAUCAAGGUUAUCGACGGUCACUGUGUGCUCGUGCUGGUCUACGUGGAUGACGUGUUGGUCACCGGCAGCUCGCUCGAGUUGAUUGCGCAGACGAAGGCCGACCUCAAGACGCGUUUCGAGAUGACCGACAGUGGCAAGUGUACUUUUGUACUGGGCAUCAAACUGGUGGACGAAUCGGAUGGCAGCGUGACGAUGUGCCAGCGACGGUAUGUCAACGACGUCCUCAAGCGCUUCGGCAUGGAUGAGUGCAAGGCCACAGCAAGUCCGGUCGACUUGAGCACUCGGUUUGUCGCAAGCAGCGAAGCGGCCAAGAUCGACGUUCCGUUUCGUGAAGCUGUGGGAGCUUUGAUGCACUUGACGACUGCGACGCGCCCGGACAUUGCGUAUGCUGUGGGGUACGUCUCGCGCUUCAUGGAGAAUCCGCAGCAAGAACAUUGGACGGCGGUGAAGCGCAUCUUUCGUUACUUGCAAGGGACCAAUUCGCACGGACUCCGCUUCCAGCCAAGCGACAAGAUCGACUUUCGUGGCUACUCGGACGCGGACUGGGCCGGCGACCAUGCUGAUCGCAAGUCAACUUCGGGUUACACUUUCAUGCUGAUGGGUGCUCCUGAAGGCAAGUGGGUGCAUCGCCUGCUAUGCGAGAUUUUGGCGGCCGCAAACGAACCAGGACCGGCCCUCGUCAUCCGUGAAGACAACCAGUCGUGUAUCAAGAUGACGAAGAACCCGGCGAACCAUGGUCGAGCCAAGCAUAUCGACAUCAAGUACCAUCACAUCCGUGAUGAGAUCAAGCGCGGUGAAGUGCAGCUCGAGUAUUGCGAGACUUCCGUGAUGAUGGCGGACAUCAUGACCAAAGGACUUUCUGGACCUCGCCACAAGGACUUGACGACGGCUCUCGGCAUUCGUGCGAGUUCGGAUUGA